GUACAUUAGCCCUAGAUGCUUCGAAUAUUCUCUAUUUCUGUGAGCUAGAGCGCGAAAGAGCAAGGGCACGAGAGGGCGGCAGCAAUGCAGAGCCUCUUCGCGGGAGCCUUUGGUCAGCCGUGUGUCAUCUCGAUCGAUCUCUCGGACAUGGAGUCGCGCAAGCAGGCGAGCAUCAAGAAGGAGAAUGGCCAGAUGGGGAUGGUGCCUCUUUUCCAGGGCCAGGAGAGUGUUACUGGCGAGGUGCGUAUCGAUCCUCUUCCUGGCCGGAAGAUCGAGCAUCAAGGAGUGAAAAUUGAGCUUCUUGGCCAAAUAGAGUUUUACUUCGACCGAGGGAAUUUCUACGACUUCACUUCCUUGGUGAGGGAGCUCGAUGUUCCGGGUGUGAUUCACGAGAGGAAAAUCUAUCCUUUCGAGUUUUCGUCAGUGGAAAUGCAAUAUGACUCGUACAAUGGUGUCAACGUGAGGCUCAGAUAUGUUCUUAAGGUGACUAUAACUCGCAGCUACGUACCUAAGAUUGUGGAAUAUAAGGAUUUCUGGGUUCGAAACUUUCAAACGCACCCCGACGUGAACAACAGCAUCAAGAUGGAGGUCGGCAUCGAGGAUUGCUUGCAUAUCGAAUUCGAGUACAAUAAGAGCAAAUUCCACUUAAAGGAUGUAAUCGUCGGGAAGAUUUACUUUCUUCUGGUCCGCAUCAAGAUAAAGCAUAUGGAGAUCGAGAUUAGAAAGCGAGAGUCGACCGGCUCAGGUGCCAACGCUUACAACGAAAGCGAAACACUUGCAAAGUUCGAAAUCAUGGAUGGAGCGCCUGUCCGCGGUGAAUCCAUUCCCAUUCGGCUCUUCCUGAGCCCCUACGAGCUGACCCCGACUUACCGAAACAUCAACAACAAGUUCAGCGUCAAGUACUUCCUCAACCUCGUUCUGGUGGACGAAGAAGACAGACGCUACUUCAAGCAGCAGGAAGUGGUCCUCUACAGGGUCGACUGAGCACGCACACGCAAAUCCGAUUCUCAGUUUUGUAUACUACUCUAGGAGGUAAGCUAUUUCACGCGUUUGCAGCUAUAUUUCAGUUUUAGGAAGCCUGCCCGCGGAGUAUUCACCUGAGAGGCCAGGCCAGAGAAAUCCCGUGUGCGGCAAGUACUAGGCGGGCGAGCUCAUCUUUUUUCUUUCUGGUUUCCCUGACCAAAUAAUCUUGUUUAUAGCUUGAUCGAUUUCUUGCUUAGGAACCCAAAGCGUUUUCACAGAAGAUCUUCAUGGUUUCUUGACUUGUUGCGAGAAGAAGUCCAAGGUUUUAUCUC